AUGGGACAAGAUAAAAAUAACCUAACAGCUGCUGCCGCUGCUGCCUAUGUUGAUGACUCAACUACUUGGGAAUCAUUUGGUUUAGAUCCUCGUUUAUUACAGGCUAUUGACCAAUUAGGGUUUGAAAAUCCAACAUUAAUCCAAUCAAGUGCAAUUCCCUUAGCCAUAGAAGAGAAAAGAGAUAUAAUUGCUAAAGCAUCUACUGGAUCGGGUAAGACAGCUGCGUAUAGUAUCCCUAUCAUCCAAAAUUUAUUGCAAGAUGAAUCAACUGAAAGAGAAAUCAAGAGUAUUAUACUUGUGCCAACAAGAGAAUUAUCAAACCAAGUUAGCCAAUUUUUGGAAAAGCUAUUAGUAUUCUGCAACAGUAAAAUCAGAUUAAUUAACAUAUCAUCAAAUUUGUCAGAUCAGGUUAUUAAUUCUUUAUUAAUAAACAAACCGGAAAUAAUUGUAUCUACACCUGCUAAAUUGAUUCAAAUUCUCGACAAGAACGUAAAUUCAAAUCUUAUCAAUUUAUCUGCUGUGAAAAACUUAACUAUUGAUGAAGUUGAUUUGGUGUUAUCAUAUGGUUAUUUAGAAGAUUUGCAAAAACUUGAAUCCUAUUUACCAAUCAAGAAGAAUUUACAAACAUUUUUGAUGUCUGCCACAAUAAAUGAUGAUUUGAAUGAUAUCAAGUCCAAAUUUUGCUCCAAGCCAGCAAUUUUAAAGCUAAAUGAUGAAGACGCCAAUCAAAAUAAUUUAAUUCAAUAUUAUGCAAAAACUACUGAAUUCGACAAAUUUUUGUUGACCUACGUUAUUUUCAAAUUAAAUUUAAUCAAAGGAAAAACAUUGGUCUUUGUAAAUAAUAUAGAUAGAGGAUAUCGUCUUAAAUUAUUUUUGGAACAAUUUGGAGUUAGAUGCUGUAUUUUGAAUAGUGAGUUGCCAAUCAACUCGAGGUUAAACAUUGUUGAGCAAUAUAAUAAGAACGUUUACAACUUACUUAUCGCUACUGAUGAAACUAAUGACUUUACUGUGGAAAAAGAUGAAAAUGAUGAAGAAGAGGAAAUAGCGGAAAAUAAGGAUGAUGAAAAUAAUGGAAAGGCAUCCAAGAAGAAAUCUAAACAAAAGAAAGAUAAAGAAUAUGGUGUAUCAAGAGGUGUUGAUUUCCGUAAUGUAGCCUGCGUUUUGAAUUUUGAUUUGCCUACUUCUUCUAAAUCUUACAUACACAGGGUCGGAAGAACCGCAAGAGCUGGUAAGUCAGGAAUGGCAUUAUCUUUUGUUUUACCAACUAAUGAAUUUGGAAAACAUAAAACUGCAUCGUUAUCCACUGCUAAGAAGGAUGAAAAGGUUUUGCGUCGGAUUGUUAGACAACAAUCUAACAACGGUUUCGAAAUCAAGCCAUACCAAUUUGACAUGAAGCAAGUUGAAGGGUUUAGAUAUAGAGCUGAAGAUGCCUUCAGAGCGGUUACGCAAACUGCUGUUAGAGAAGCUCGUAUAAAAGAAUUGAAAAACGAAUUAGUUAAUUCUGACAAAUUAAAGAGAUUCUUCGAAGAGAAUCCGCAAGAUUUAGCAUCAUUAAAGCAUGAUAAAGAGUUACACCCAACAAGGGUUCAGACUCACUUAAAGAGGGUACCCGAAUAUUUACUUCCUGAAAGUGCUAGGGCUGAUCAUAAGAAGAUCGGUUUUGUUCCUUUCCAUAAAAAUAAAGUACAUAAGAAUAGGAAAAGAAAACCAUCUGGUAGAAAACCGGAUCCUUUGAAAUCAUUUAGACCUAAAUGA